AUGGUAAGGGAGACGGGAUACUACGACGUGUUGGAAGUGAGCCCGACGGCCACCGAGGCCGAGAUCAAGAAGGCGUACUACGUCAAGGCGAGGCAGGUCCAUCCGGACAAGAACCUCAAUGAUCCGGACGCGGCGGCGAGGUUCCAGGAAUUGGGGGAGGCAUACCAAGUGCUCAGUGACCCCGCACAGCGUGAAGCCUAUGACUCAUAUGGGAAAUCUGGUAUUUCAAAGGAAGCGAUAAUUGAGCCUGCAGCAAUUUUUGCAAUGCUGUUCGGUAGCGAGCUUUUUGAGGAGUACAUUGGUCAGCUGGCGAUGGCAUCCAUGGCUUCACUUGAUGGUUUUACUGAAGACAAAGUGAUCGAUGCAAGAAGGUUGCAGGAGCAAAUGCGAGUUGUACAAAAAGAAAGGGAGGAGAAACUUGCAGAAUUACUGAAAGAUAGGUUGCACCUUUAUCUUCAAGGAAACAGAGAGGAAUUUAUCCAGUAUGCUGAAGCUGAGGUUACUAGACUCUCUAAUGCCGCAUAUGGUGUUGAUAUGCUGAGUACUAUUGGUUAUGUGUAUUCAAGACAAGCUGCUAAGGAGCUUGGAAAGAAAGCUAAAUAUCUUGGUGUUCCGUUUAUUGCUGAAUGGUUCCGAAACAAAGGACAUUUUAUUAAAUCCCAACUAACAGCUGCAACAGGUGCAAUAGCUCUUAUGCAGCUGCAGGAAGACUUGAGAAAGCAUCUCAGUGCUGAGUGCCACUACAGCGAAGAGCAACUGGAGGCUUACAUGCUGGCACAUAAGAGUGUUAUGGUGGAUUCGUUAUGGAAGCUUAAUGUUGCUGAUAUAGAGGCAACCCUGUCACAUGUGUGUCAAAUGGUGCUUCAAGACAGCAGUGCCAGGAAAGAGGAACUGCAAGCUCGAGCUAAAGGAUUGAAAACUUUAGGCAAAAUAUUCCAGCAAGUUAAGCUUAGCACUACCGAGGGAGAUCCAGCAGCAAUGAAUAAUACAAUAAAUAACUUGGAUGAGAAUGAUGGUAGUUCACCGGAGUCAUCUCCAAGAUCUCCCAGGGAUCAAAUGUUCGAUGCAAAUCCACCUUAUUCCCAGAGUCCAUACGUGGAGGCCCCUCAGUUCGGCGGUUAUUUUUCCUUCGACUUCCCAAUGCCUAUCGCUCCACCUGGUGCGCAGAGGGACCCUAUUCCGUGA